CGAACUGGAAGUGUUUAUGUGGUGUACUGAAAUGUCAAAGCCCAUCAUUCGCGUUGCAUAGACUACAGAAUCCAGUUUUCUCUGAUAUUCUCUUAUGAUUGGUGGUAAACGGAAAGAAGUUGUAUUCACAUAAAUAAAAACUCUAAUUGAAAAUAUUCAGGUGUUACAUAAAAUCUGAAAAAAGGAAUUAAAAAACAUUCAAUAAGAUUAAAUCGAAGAAAAAGUCUACCAGAUUUUUUUCAGGAAAAUGAAUUUGGAUAUCGAUCAUUGGAAAUCCAAGGUGUGUGUUUAAGCGAAAAUUCACUGAGAUAUGAUGAAGCCGACGGCUGGAGAAACUUUAAGAGCAUGGUUGCUGUCAGCGCUAAUGGUGCAUGGUGCAGUUGCUGGAAAUCCGGAUGCUAAGAGGCUAUAUGAUGAUCUUUUAAGUAAUUAUAAUAAACUUGUGCGGCCAGUAGUUAAUACCACAGAUGUUUUAAAAGUGUGUAUAAAACUAAAAUUAUCGCAGUUAAUUGAUGUGAAUUUGAAAAAUCAAAUAAUGACAACAAACCUUUGGGUGGAGCAAUCGUGGUACGAUUAUAAAUUAAGAUGGGAGCCAAAGGAAUACGGAGGCGUACAUAUGUUGCAUGUUCCUUCUGAUCAUAUAUGGAGACCAGACAUUGUUCUUUAUAACAAUGCUGAUGGUAACUUUGAAGUGACCCUUGCGACGAAAGCCACCAUUUACUCAGAAGGAUUAGUUGAAUGGAAACCACCGGCCAUUUACAAGUCAUCGUGCGAAAUAGACGUAGAGUAUUUCCCAUUUGACGAACAGACUUGCGUUUUGAAAUUUGGAAGUUGGACAUAUGAUGGCUUUAAGGUGGAUUUAAGGCACAUGGACGAACAACAGGGCAGCAAUGUGGUUGAUGUCGGAGUUGAUCUAUCCGAGUUUUACAUGUCUGUGGAGUGGGAUAUUCUCGAAGUACCAGCAGUAAGGAACGAAAAAUUCUACACCUGCUGUGAUGAACCUUAUUUGGACAUAACAUUUAAUAUAACAAUGAGGCGGAAAACACUAUUCUAUACUGUGAAUAUCAUUAUACCAUGUAUGGGUAUUUCCUUUCUUACAGUUUUAACAUUUUACCUGCCGUCCGACAGUGGGGAAAAGAGAGGCAUAGUCUCAGCUCAAUGCCUCGAUAUGGUUAAACGUAUAUGUGUCACCGUUGUGGUUUUAAAUGUUCAUUUCCGGUCACCUCAGACUCAUCGAAUGGCGCCAUGGGUCAAGAAUGUGUUCAUAGAUUAUCUGCCGAAGUUCUUAUUCAUCAAGAGACCGAAAUAUAACUUUGACACAAGUCUCACUGCCACAGGACCAUUUGGGGGAAGUUGCCAAAUUCACGGACCCAUACCACCAAUAACGCAAUCGGAGUCAGAUGAUAUGACCGCGGUCCCUGACUUAGAAAUUGGACCAUCUGGCAUAAAAAGUCCCAUACUUGCAAAUCCUGCAUUUUCGCAUAGCAAAUGUCCACCACGUGUUCAUCGCAGCUGUUUUUGUGUUCAGUUUAUAGCGGAGCAUACAAGAUUGCUAGAAGACUCAACCAAGGUCAAAGAGGAUUGGAAAUACGUCGCUAUGGUCCUUGAUCGACUAUUUUUAUGGAUUUUCACACUGGCUGUAUUAGCAGGAACAGCAGGAAUUAUACUUCAAGCUCCAACCCUUUAUGAUGAUCGCAUUCCCAUAAUUGAACAAAAGGAUAUUGACUUCUCCGGAAAUUCUGCAGGUCGAUGUCGGCCUCCACAAUAGCAUUUUAUUAAUUCAAAUACGCCAUCAUUCAAAAUUUAAAUACACGAAUUAGAUUAAAAUUGAACAACACAGUUAUAGCGAAAUGUUAUUUUCUGUAUUUGUCGCAUUUAUAAGUUGUUUUUAUAAAAUUUUAUUAAUCUUUCAGUUUUUUAUAGGAUAUGUAUAGAACUUGUUUACAGCAAAUAAAUGUAUGGAGUGUUUCUUGAUAUAUUUUAUGUACUAAGCUAUUGUUCAUCAAUACAUGAAUAGAAUGAUUUUUAAA